CUGAACUCGCUGCGUCAGUUUCGCGGGCCAAGCUCAGCUGUGAUCACGUGACUCGAUGACGCGUCGGCGCCGCUCCGGCAGCCGCGUUGGGACAAAAAUCAUCACGGAGCGUUUAAAAAACGCGCUGACCGGACAGCUGUUCUACAGCGCAUGCUCCGACAGACAGGGAGCUUCAAGCGGUGCCAGCGGACCGACAGAGGACCGACAGAGGCCGACUCGAGCCGCUCACAGGCCGGAAACAGCGCAGCAAAGUCGGAUCUAAAAGUUUAUCGAGCUAACAGCAGCUUAGCUUAGCGGCUAAAUACAGCUCGUGCUGCAUUCACGUCGCUCGGACAGACGCAGCUCUGACAUGUGAUGAGAAAGCGGAAUAACUCGCCGACUGCGGAGCAUGACAGCGGCACUCUGCUGGACAGCGACCCGGACCUGAAGCAGCGUCCCGGCAGGGGAGCGGCAGGGCCCGCAGCGGGCGGCCGGCAGGGCCCGGGAGAAGAGGAGAGCAUGGGGAAACCGUUCAGGAGGUUGAGUCUGGUGGGGAAGCUGAAGCGGGUCCUGGUCUGGCUCCUGGUGGUCUACGUGUCGAUCCCCAUCGUGGUCAAACUCUGCCCGUCCAUCCAGGCCAAACUCGUCUUCCUCAACUUUGUGAGGAUGCCGUACUUCAUCGACCUGAAGCGACCCCUGGACCAGGGAUUGAACCACACACACAACUUCUACCUGGAGCCAGAGACCGGACUGAAGAUUGGAGUCUGGCACACGGUUCCCGCUCACAUGUGGAGAGACGCUCAGGGGAAACAAGGCGACUGGUACGACUCCACGUUCAGCUCCGCCCACCACCUCAUCCUCUAUCUCCAUGGAAACGCAGGGACCAGAGGAGGAGACCACAGAGUCCAGCUGUACAAGGUCCUCAGUUCGUUAGGAUACCAUGUGGUUACGUUUGAUUACAGAGGUUGGGGGGAUUCAGACGGCUCUCCAUCAGAGGGCGGGAUGACAUCAGACUCUCUCUUCAUCUAUGAUUGGCUGAAACGACGGCUGGACAAGAAAACGCCGCUUUACAUCUGGGGACACUCGCUGGGGACGGGAGUUGCUACAAACCUGGUCAGACGGCUGAGUGACAGAGGAAGUCCUCCAGACGCUCUGAUCCUCGAGUCUCCGUUCACCAACAUCAGAGAAGAAGCCAAGAGUCACCCCUUCUCCAUGGUGUACAGGUACCUGCCCGGCUUCGAUUGGUUCUUCCUGGACGCCAUCACAGCCAACAACAUUCGAUUCGCCAGCGACGAGAACGUGAAUCACAUUUCCUGUCCCGUGUUGAUCCUCCACGCCGAAGACGACGGAGUCGUUCCGUUCCACCUCGGCAAGAAGCUGUACACCAUGGCGUCCCAGUCAAAGAGCCUGAGCGGUCAUAAGGUUCAGUUCGUCCCGUUCUCGUCUUCUCUGGCUUACAAACAUAAAUUCAUCUACAGGAGCCCGGAGCUGCCAAACAUCCUCAGUGAUUUUCUCAGCACGACUCCACAGACGAACGACUCGGCCUGAAAACUCGGACGUCGUCGCAUGAACUCGAACUCAUCGUUUCUUUUUAUUUACACAUUCCUCCCACAUCGACGCUGGCUUCACUGGGUUACCACGGUGAUCGUCACCAUGGAUUCGGCCAGAUCGCGGUAUUCUUGUUUUGGUACUCUGGAAUGAAGAUGAAGAAGCAAACAGACGUGAAUGAAGUGAAAUAUCAGUUUUUAUCUGUCGACUCUGCGACCUGUCGACUCUCUCUGCGACUUGUCGACUCUCUGCGACUUGUCGACUCUCUGCGACCUGUCGACUCUCUGCGACUCUGCGACCUGUCGACUCUUUGCGACCUGUCGACUCUUUGCGACCUGUCGACUCUUUGCGAUCUGUCGACUCUCUCUGCGAUCUGUCGACUCUCUGCGAUCUGUCGACUCUCUGUGCGACCUGUCGACUCUCUCUGCGACCUGUCGACUCUCUCUGCGACGUGCGUGGUUUUAAUAAGUUUGUUUCUGUUGGUUUGAUUUUCUUUGGGUCCAUCUGAUCAUGUCCGGUUUGUUUUUAACGCCUGUAUGACUUGAAUAAUAAUUAAAUAAUUCCUGUUUUAUGUA